AUGACGUGUUGGCCCUUGGUUUUGUUCCUAAAUGCAUUUCCUUUUCUGUUGCUUGUCGUUCUAGUUUGUUCACCUAUUCUAUUAAUUCAGGGUAAUCAGGCAUUCAAAGAUAAGCAGUGGCAGAGGGCCAUUGGCUUUUAUACAGAAGCGAUCAAACUCAACAGUAAUAAUGCUACUUACUAUAGCAAUAGGGCUGCAGCAUAUCUAGAAUUGGGAAG